UAAGCGAGAUACGAAGCUAAAUGUUCAUAUAUUAGCUCUUCUCCUUCCUUCAUAAUAAUAUAUUGUCUUUUUAGAAUAAUUACAUAAAAUUCGUCCAGAAAUGAGAUAUAUUCUAUUGCUUUCUCUCCUCUUUGCAUUGGAUAUUUACACUGUUCAAGCUGGAGUAACUUCAAGAGCAGGAAAUAUUCAAAAUUGUGAAGUUGAGCAAGAGGGAGAUAAGCUAACCGCUUGUGGAGUUUGUUCAAGCGGUAGGAUUUUGAGUAAAGAUGGCUUGAAAUGUUUAACUUGUCCAAGUUUCUGCAACGUAGAGAAAUGCGAGGAAAAGGAAACUUGGGAAAAUGAGAAUGAAGCUACAAUUUGUAAAGGUUGUAUAGGUGGUUAUAUUCUUGAAGAAGAUAAAUGUUCAAGUUGUCCAACUGGUUGCAGGAAUUGUACAGCAGCUACUUCCGGUGCCACUCAGACUUGUACAUCUUGCAUAAAAGGAUACAUAAAGAACGAUGAUCAAUUAUGUUCAGCUUGCGGAUCGUACUGUGAAACAUGCGAGUUUAUCGCAAGUAGAGGAGUUAGUUGUACUGCUUGUUCAUCUCAAGCAUACAUAGACAAUAGUGGUUCAACGGCAAUAUGUAAAUUAUGUCAAACAUCUAUCGCUGGCUGCUCAAAAUGCUUGAAUAAGGAUGCCUGUUCGGAGUGUAUAUCAACGAAAUACGCACUUACAAACCUCAACAAGUGUGAGCUAUGUACUAUCAUUGAUUCUCAAUGUGCCGAAUGCGACGCAACAAGCGGUAAAAAUCAAUGCAAAAAGUGUAAUGAUGGUUAUUUUGUUAAGGAGAACAAAUGUCUCCCUUGUCCUAGAAAUUGUGCCACUUGCGCAGAAACUAGCGGCGUUAUAAAAUGUACGAAAUGCUCUGUACAAUACACUCUUAUUUCUUCAAAGAGCUGCGACGCAUGUCCAGAGAAUUGUUUAGAAUGUAAAGUUGAUUCUGGAAGUCUUAUAUGCAAAGAUGAUAAAUGCGCUGCAGGAUACGCCAUAAACGAUAAAAAGCUAUGCUCUAAAUGUCCAGAUAAUUGUAACGCCUGCACAUAUAGUUCAUCGAAUUCUAGAGUAGAAUGUAAUGGAGAUAGUGUAACUCAUUCUUGUACUGAGAAUAACGAAGGAAAAUCAUGGACGGUAAAAAGCGACGGAACUUGCGUUGAAUGUCCGAAUGGUUGUUUAAAGUGCUAUUUCAAAACGAACGAUUCUCCUACACCAAUUUGUUACGCUUCAAAAUGUGCUAAAUUCAAGGGAUUUGAUGAUGAAACCGGAAGUUGUUUCGAUUGUCUAUUCGGUUGUGAAUAUUGCCGAAAAACAGCUAGUAAUAAUAUUUGUCAAAAAUGUAGCAUUGGUUACGCUUCGAAGUAUAAUAGUAAGAAUCAAAUCGAAUCUUGUGUAUCCUGUAGUUCAUUGGAGGGUUGUGCUCAUUGCGAAAUUAUUGAUAAUAAUUUAAAAUGCCUAAGGUCUCCAUGCGCUUCCAAGUCAGUUAAUGGAAAUAACAAGAAAUUUUCAUUUUCAAGUAUGGACUGCUCUGGAAAUUGUCCAUCAGAUAGUAGCUGCAAUGCUGAUUCUAUUGUUGAUGAAAAUGAUAUAUGCUACUGUAGAUCCUGUCCAGCUGGAGCCCUUGUUAUUCAGGCAGGCAUCAAUGCUGGUGUGUGUAAAAGUUGCGGAGUCUAUUGCCAAAGAUGCGAAUUAACAACGAAUAAAGAGGAUGUUGUUUGUAAAACUUGUGUCGGCGCUCGACAAUGGAUAAGUGUCCAAAUUGGAGCUUCGUUUGUAAAAGGAUGUUAUGAUUGUACAAAAGCUAGACCUCAUUGUCAAACUUUAGAAUACGGAGGGUCUCCUCCCGUAUGUAGGUGUAAAGCGGGAAGCUGCCUUGGAGAUCAGUCAGCAUCAAGCACUCAAAGAUACACAGUUCUUCAAGAAACAUCUGACCACCAGAGAUGUCGAAGUUGUGUAGACAUUUAUCCAAAUGCUUUAUGGUGUAACGGAACUUAUUCCAAUGCGGGGCUUGACACGUGUCGUUUUGGUUAUGAAGCAGUUGUUAAUCCAGGAUACGAAUGUAAAGCUGUUCCGGCAAAUUGUUUAGAUUGGGGAACAAGCGUUCCAUCUGCUCCAAACGACUUUAGAGUUGACUGCGUUAGGUGUGAAGUUGGCUUCUAUCUUGAUGGAGGAAUCUGUAAAAAUUGCACAGCAGAAUAUUCUUUAUGUACAGAGUGCACUAAAGAACCGUCUGGUGUUAUAUGUUUAGAAUGUUCAUCCGGUGUAGGGUUUGAUUGCGCAACACCUUGCUCAUCUCCUGUUGGAGGAUGUACUACAUCUUGGGCUACAGUUGCAGGAGGAGGUACCUGCUUAUGUAAAGAGUGCCAAUCAACCGAAAAUCUAAUUUCGCCCCUAUCUGCCGAUCUACAAUUGGGAUCUUCGUGUGGCGCACUCGCUCCCAGUCCGAUAAUUACCAACUGUGUUAAACAAAUCACUAUAACCGGUUCACCUACUGGACCUGGACCUGCUUCCAGUUGCGCCAAAUGUUCAAGCAAUUAUGCAUUGAGUCCUGGUCGAGGUACCUGUGUACCCUUAACUCCCUUCAACCCAGGCUGUAAACCAGGAUAUGCAUAUGCCACAAGUCCUUCAAUUCUCAAUUGUAGAAUUCAAGCAGAUGGUUUUAUGCAAUCUUUCGAUGGAACAUCAGCUCCAGUUCAGGUAUCAUCUCCGAAUCUAGCUAAUUCUAUCGACGGUUGUAAUAGUUAUUUCGCCAUAUCUGACGGUAAUACCGGAACCGAAGGUCGCUGCGGUGGAUGUGAAAAUGAUUUUGCAAUUGACGUUGUCUCCACUUCCAAGUAUACUUGUACGAAUUGUACAGCAAACAGUUUGGAAAAUUGUGCUUUUGCAGUGCCAAUAGCUGGACAGUGUAAAUGUGGAAGGUGUUCUAAUGAUGUACAUCCCAAUUAUUACAUAAUGAAUCUCGAUUUGACGGGUUGUACUAAAUGUACUGGAAUCACAAAUUGUAUUUCGUAUUCAUGGAGACUUUUAGAUGAGGCAUAUGUUUGCGGUUGCUCUGGAUGUGCCAUAGGAGAACCAACUGACGACGGUAUGUCUUGUUUUGAUUGCGGUGCACUUAAUUGUUCUGUUGGAAUCAAAAAAAUUUCGACAUCCGGAUGUACUUGUGAAUGCCUUGCGAACCAAAUAAAGAGAAGUGACGGUCUUGGGUGCGUUUCUUGCGGUGUACCAGCUGGUUUUCCAAACUGUAAAGCUGGAAAUUUUAAACUGGAUACUAAUCAUGAAUGCAAAUGUUCCGAAUGUGUCUCUGGUUACGUCCUCAGUGCCGAUGGCUCUUCGUGCCUCAGUUGUUCAACAGACACACCCGGCGCUAUUCAACCUAAUUGUUCAACUUGUAGAGAAAGUACAACAACUGCUGGUAGCAUUGAGUCUUGUUCAGCUUGCGAUAGCGAAUUUGCAUUCAGUUCUGCCGGAACUGGAUCUUGUUUGGCUUGUCAAACAGGCUGUAAAAAGUGUUCCGUUGAUUCGAGCGGUGUACCUACUACAAUAAAUAAGUGUACAGAAUGUUUAACUGGCUACGCUCUCAAUACUCAAGGAGCUUGUAUUCAAUGUCCAACAACGCCUGUGGCUUGUAGUGAAUGUAGAAUAGAUCCAACCGAUAUAGCAAAAACCGUAUGCCUUCAGUUUGGUUGUGGCGAAGCAGCCUUAAGAGAUUCAGACUUCAUGUGCGAAACUUGUACAAUAGCCAAUUGCGAUAAAUGCGUUAAGGAUAUUUAUAAUAAAUUCUUCUGUUUAAAAUGUAAAAGUAGAUUUUAUCAAGAUUCCAACGGAGCAUGCCAACCGUGUACUUUUGGUUGCGAUUUUUGCUUGGAUGGGACAACAUGUCUACCAAAUGGUUGUAAAGAAGGAUAUAUUAGAGAUAGACUACAAGGAACUUGUAUUAAAUGUACUGGUGAAGGCGUAGCUAGAUGUAUUUAUGAAAGUGCUCAAUCCAAUACUCUACUACCAAAAACAUGUCUACAAGGUUAUACAUUAAACACUGGAGUAACGCCUAACGUAUGCCUUGCUUGCGAUUCUAAUUGUAUAUCGUGCGAUAGUUCUGGCAAGGAUAAAUGCGAUUUUGGAAAGUGUAAACCUGGAUAUUUUCUAUUUUCCGGCGAUUCAAAAUGUUACGAAACUAAAGCAGAUUGCGUAAUUUCAGUUAGACAGAAUGGUAAAACAGUUUGUCAAACAUGUAACUCAACUCAAGAUUUGUCAAAUGGAGAAUGUAAAAACUGUCCGAUUGGUUGUACCUCUUGCUCUUUUAAAGAAGAUACUAGUAAAUUCACUUGUAGUUCAUGUAUCCCUCAUUAUUAUAAAAAUAAAGAGCAAUUAUGUACAAUUUGUCCAGCGGGCUGCAGUAAAUGCUCUCUAAACGAUGAAGGUACUGUAGAGUGUAAAGCUUGCCUUUCAAACUAUGGUCUUAGCGGUACAGAAUGUAAACUUUGCGGAACUACAAACUGUAAUAUUUGUUCUCCUUCCGGGGAUGAGUUUAAAUGUGACUCCUGUCAAGAUAAAUAUUACCUCAAUAACGAUGAUUGCGGAAAGUGUCCUAGUAAUUGUAAAGAAUGUACAUUUAAUCACAAAUACGAGUGUACUAAGUGUAAUGAUAAAUAUGCAAGAACUUCUGAUGGCAGUUGCUUGGCUUGUCCAUCCAAUUGUGAAACUUGCUCCGUAUCAUCAACUAACUUGGUCAGAUGCAGUAAAUGUGUAUCUUCUUCCUAUUCUCUUCAAAGUGACGGAACUUGUAGAAGUUGUGACGAUGCUGCAUUUAUAAAUUGUGGAACUUGCGGUCCAACUCCGCAAGGAGGAAAAGCUCCUUGUCUUUCCUGUAAAUCUUCAUUUACCUUACAAGAUGAUAAAUUAGGCUGCGUUCCAUGUACAGUUACUGGCUGCAAUUCUUGCGUACACGGUAGAAAAUGUACACAAUGUAAAAAAGGAACUUACCUGUACAAUUUCAAUAGGGAAUGUGCUCGUAAAUGCUACCAAUGCCAAGGCAGUGAGAAGGAUUGUGGAAAAAGCAUAGAAGAUAUAAAAGAAGAAACUGAUAAAAUUAAAUUUGUCGAUUGCGGAGUUGGAGAAUGUAUGGCUUACAGAACAAAAACAGGCGACCAGGUUACGUUUAAAAGAGGAUGCUUUAAUGCGACUUGUACAUCGGAAAAUGAGAAUGAAAAAUGUCAAACUGUUGAAGGAAAAACAGAAUGUGAAAAGUGCUGUACAGGUGAAAAAUGUAACUUUUGGUUUUUGGACGGUCAAUCAGGUGUAAACAUAUCAAAACCUGCUAUCUUAUUAAUUGUAUUCUUAUCUAUGAUUAUUAAUCUUGUUAAAUAA